AUGACGUACAUGAAAAUGCUGUCUUAGUAUUAAUAUGGGCCACAAGAAAUCCCAAACAUUCUAAUAGUCUGCCACCACAAAAGGCCACUCGGCGUCAUUCUGUUCCAAAUUCAACAUGUCAUGGAACUCAAUGCUUCUUCUUUUAUCUCUUGCAGAGGAUGAAGUCUCAGAGUUACCGGCGCCAGUCGGCCCCGUCGCUGGUCAUCACCAAAGCUCUGACCAGGUCCAAGACUCUCUCCAGAGAGAGCUUCCUGGUUCCCGUGUGCCCAGAGACCUGCUCAUUGGUCCAGUCCUUCCUCAGUGGCUCCGACAGGUCGUUCCUCCUCCACGGACACGCCCAGUUGAAGACCGGGAUGCAGACCCAGGACCGACACCUCUUCCUGUUCACCGACAUGCUGGUGAUCGCCAAAGCCAAAUCCGCCAACCACUUCAAGCUGAAGGCCCAGGUGUGUGCGUGCGAGAUGUGGACGGCGGACUGCAUGGACGAGGUGUGUGAGGGAAGCACGAACCCAGAGAGGAGCUUCGUGAUGGGCUGGCCCACCUCUAACUGUGCGGCUGUCUUUAGCUCGGCGGACCUGAAGGACAGAUGGCUCGCCCUCCUGAAAAGCCGCAUGAGAGAAGAGAAGGAGAGGGAGGAGCCCAAAACCAUUCCUCUCAGAGUGUACGGGAAGGGGAUCAACACCUUUGCUGUUACCAAGACGCUGCCGGUCAGCAACUCGGAUUCAACCAAUGAGGUGAUCCGACUGGCCCUGCAGCAGUUUGGCAUCAUUGGAAAUGUGAAAGACUUCCAGCUGUGGGUCAUCUCCAAGAGGGACAACACCCCCUAUCCUCUGAUUGGUCACGAGUUUCCCUUCAGCAUCCAGAUGAGCCACGUGAGACACACCAUGUCUCAGGGAGGCGGCGGGAGGGACGCAGAAGGGCCGAGGUCCAUGCACGUGGAGCAGAUGCAGGUGUACAAGCAGUGCCAGUUCGUCAUGAAGCCGCGACGCGUGGAGUUGCCGCACGCGUCGGCAGAGUGGUCUCAGAAGCCGUUUAAAAGGAGGCGUUCCCUCAUCACCUGGGCCUUCUGGCGAGGCUCCUCCUCCCACCUGAACGAGCUGUCCCUCGCCAGCGCGCCGCGCGGCUGCCUGUUCGGCCGGCCGCUCGGCGCCGUUUGCGUCGAGGACGCUCUGCCGAAGCCGGUGAUGGACAUGAUGGCGUUUCUGUACCACGAGGGCUCGUGGACGCGGGGGAUCUUCCGGCGGUCGGCGGGGGCUCGCGCUGUCAGGGAGCUCCGGGACACUCUGGACGGGGGAGGGUUUCAGCUCCCUCUUUCAAGAGACCACGUCUUCCUCAUCGCCGGAGUCUUCAAGGAUUUCCUGCGCAGCAUCCCAAGCAGCCUGUUCUGCUGUGAGCUGCAUGAAGAGUGGAUGGACGUGCUGGAGGAGGAGGAUGAUGAGGAGGAACAGGUGCAGGACGUCAAGAGGAUGAUAUGCCGCCUGCCCAAAGAAAACGCCCUGUUGCUACGCUACCUGUUGGCGUUGCUGCACGGUAUCCAGAGCAACGCCCACGAGAACCAGAUGACCACUUUCAAUUUGUCAGUGUGCAUCGCUCCCAGCAUGCUUUGGCCUCCUGGCGCCCCCUGUAGCCCUGAGGUUGAGGGAGAAGAAACUAAGAAGGUUUGUGAGCUGGUGAAGUUUAUGAUUGAGCAUUGUCAGCAGAUUCUGGGGGAGAAUCCCUCCUCCCUGUUUGGAGGACCGCCGCAAAGACUCUACACCGACGAGAUGGGAUCAGACUCCUGGCCGUACCCUCUGACGGACUCGUCCUACGACAGCCUGGACAACGAGCUGGACUCCCCGGCCUGCGGCAGAAGAGCCGCGAGGCCCAAAGCGCUGCGAGGCAGCCUGGACUCCGUCCUCACGUUCAGCGACUGCGAGCCGGACGCCGACCUCCCGCCCACCCGAACCGACAGCCCCCCGUGGCACCAGAAGUCCCCCCCGCUGGACCCCUCCUCUGAACCCAGCCGGGGUGAGCCGGACACGUCCUGCGCCCUGGAACUGUUGUCCCUGGACGGGCGUCAUGAGCAGCACCGGCGGAGGCGGCGGCGCUCGGCGCCGGCUGUGGCGUACGAGGCCGAGUUUCGUCCGUGCGUCCCGGAGUGGGGCGGCGACGGUCUCUCUGACGACGGCCUGGCGAUCCGACACGAGUCGGAGGUGAGCUCCCCGAGCUUGUCCCCUACCCCCGUCUCCCCGGAACGAACCCGAUCCUCCACGGACUCUCACGGCUCCCCCAGCGGUGACGGCGCCCGGGAGCACAGACGCGGGCUUCCCCCAACCAAGAGUCCUCUGCCCCCCGGUUCCCCCCCCUCCUCUCUCGCCUCUAAACCCUUGACGAUAAGUUCAGUUGGUGGACAUCUAGACCUGGGGACUUUUCAAAAAGCCCCCCCGCAACCCAAAGAAGCACUCACCUGGGGGACCUUGAAGGGCUGCAGGGGCCUCCACCCAAACUCGUGGCUGAAGAAAAGCCGCCGAUUGUCACUAACUCAACAAGACAACAUGGAGGCGGGGGCCGAGGAGAAGCCCGGGCAGGGAGGAUCCUCCGAUAAGCCGCUGACAUUCGGGAACAAAGUCCCAGAGAAAGAAAAAGGAGGCGCAAAGGGACGAGCACCGCCGACGUCCACCGGCCCGCCGAGGCCCAAGACGCCCCGCGGAGCCUCUGGGGACAGGCGGCGCGCGAUGGGGAGGCCGGUCCACUCAUCCAGCCCCCCCUCCCACCAUCGCUCCACCGGCAGCCUCCAGCUCCCCAAGUCCCCCUGGUUCGCCUCGCCGGACUCCCCGGUGACCUUUGAGCGGGGGCAACCGUCUCCGUCGCCGGUCCCCAGGCCGAGCGGGCCGUCCCUCUCCCUGUUCAAGCAACACAAGUCCCCCCCCGCCGAGGAGGGGUGCGAGGGCGGCCUCGGCGGGCGGCGGCGGUCGGAACCCGGGUGGCAGGCGGCGGCCGGCGGCUGGAGGCGGAGGCCCAGCGACCCGGGGCUGAAGGUCUCCGAGGCGUUCCGUUCCUCCCUGUCCCCCGACGCCGCCAAAGCGGUGAGGGACUACUUCUCGUCGGACCAGCAGAGCGGCGAGCGGGUGACGGCCGCGCUGGUGGAGAGUCGCGGCGAAUGGCUGAAGAGGUGCACGGGGGCGGAACCGGACUUUGAGCAGCUUCUGUUUGCUGAGGAAUCCUUCGUCUGAUGACGUAACGUAGAGUCACUUAAGUUCUGUUUACAUUUAUUGGUUCUUACACUCUGCUUCUUGUCAAUGGACCUCUGCCGUCCAGUACACUUAAAUCUGUCCUUUGGUAGAACAGUAGUUUUUAAAAAAGACCUGGUACAUUUUGAGCUUAUUGCCAUUAAGGGAAUAUGUGUAAUUUAUGCUGAAACACUACUUUGUUUGUCUCGGUAUCAAAUGCAUCAACUAAGUUGGAUCAGACCCUCAUUCUCGUGUUUUGUUUUCAAACUACGCCAAUUUAAACCACCUAGAGUUGCCUUCUUUUUAUCACGAACAAGUACAGUCUCUCAUUAAAAAUGAAUCAAUGGAAUUUCCUAUAGAAACUUUUUUUUAUGGCUUAAUGGGAUGAUUUCUGGCCUCAGAUUCAAAUGUCAAAACAUAACGCAGCUUUAAAGUUGUUAAAAACAGACACAACUCGGCCACUCUUUACUUGUAUUGUUUCCAUACAAAAAAAUGUCCGAUAGUUACAUUUGACCAAAUGAAUGGGAUGCAAUUAGAAAGUUUUUUGCUGCUGCUUAUAUAAGACCUGUAAUGUAAAUCCUGUGUGGGACAGUGCUGAGCUCUUCACUAUGCGCUUUACCAGUCAGUUUGAAUAAGGUUUUAAUGGAGCUUCUUACAAACUGUAACAUCUGUUCUUUAAGCCUUUUUUUCUACACCAUUUAGUUUUCACACACGUCUGUAUUGAUUUGCAUUAUAUAUACAGUUCUGUUUAAAUCAUGUAAAUACAAUCACUCAAGCUUUAUAUUUUAGAUCAGUUGAUUUAUAAUCUCAAAGCCUCCUUAUCUGUAUUCAAACGCUGUGUUAACAAGCCUAAGAAACCUGCAUUUGCAAAUAAAAUGACCUGACUAUAACAUGG